AUGUCUUCAAUCUCCCGACCACCAGACCCAUGCCUGGUAGCUAUUAUUCUAAUCGUGCGAUCGCGCACUGGACCCCGACUGGUCUUUCAUUACCCCCCGAACCCGCUCAGCGAGAAUCGUCUCAAGACAACCACUAAAGGCGGACGGCGCAUCUCCCGCACGCGCAGCCGACAAAGCACGAAGAAUACAGACUCAAGUUCGAGCGACGACAGCGGUCUGAGUUCAGACGAAGAGGAGGAGGAGAGAGAGCCUGAGAGCCAGAAUGCUCUUCCAAACCAGGGCCAGGGCGCAAACACAAGCUACUCGGGUGGGCCGAACUCGCUUCUUGGCAGACGCGCGAGUAACUUUGGGAUCGUGGAUGAGAACUUGCCUAUCUCAGUGUCGCCAAACGCUGGAAUAAUAGAACCCCAGCGCCCUGGGUCCCUGGGGUCGGGUCGGGCCUCAUCGCUUCGGAAACGAGGUGGUGCGGGAUCCGAUCUCGAGGACGAUGGGGCAUCUGAUCGCGAUGGUCCUGGUGGAACGUCCCGCCUACCCUGGGAAGCACUCCUGGGGCUACCGGGGAGUGUGUGGGAGAAGCUGCUAAGCCCAUCCCGAUCAUGGCAUAAGCGAAGAUUUGAGGUGGGGAUCAAUGAUCUCGCCCUUGUCGGGUGGCCCGUUUUUAUACGCGAGGAUGGAACCUGGGCCAAGCAGCGACGCAGGAAGAAAAACAAGGAAACGCACUCAGAGUGGGAUGGCGGGGAGUUGGGACACAAUGAAGAUCUUGAGGGUUCGAAAGAUGACGAUGGAGUUGCCUCGCCUGAUAUGGGGGCUAGUAUUGCCACCAUCACUGAGUUGACGCUUUCGCCCACUGAUACGAAGCGCCAUUCUGUGACCAACAAUACGAAAUUUGGAAAGCAGUCGGAUGACGAUUCUCUUGACCCAGAGGAUAAAGAUCAUAUGACUAUGUUUAAUGUGGUUUUUGUCAUGGACCCUCCUUUACUUGAGUACUCCGGACGCGUUAAGGAAAUCUACGAAAAUGUGAUUAAGAAGUUUGCCAAGGCCCUAAAAUGGGAGCAAGCUCGAACAGAUUAUGUCUGGAAAGAAUCACAACAUAUAUUAUCUAUGCGUAGAAAUGCGCGAGAGUCAAAGUCAUCGGUCCAUAAUCUCUAUUCCGACUUAAUCAACCAAUCCUCGCUGGCGAGGGCGAUAUAUACAGUUUACACCAGUAUAUCGGCGUCGAAGAUUGCUUCUGUUUCACUCAGCCCUGACGUUUCAAUAUCGCUACAAAUCCCCCCGCUGACUUCCACUCCAUACCUAGCUGGCCCGGCAGACAAAUCAUAUCCGGGUCUCUGGCUGACAACAGCAGACAGCGCUACUCCAGUAGACUCACAUGGGGUUGAUGAUAAUAACAAUGCGCCUCACCAAGUUCUUGCAAAACAUUUCGCCUUGCUUCUCCUGGAUAGCGAAACCGCUAUUAUAAAGGACAUCGAAACUUCCGGAGGCACUCUUGCUCCGGCUUUGGCACAUUAUAUUCGAUGUUCAAAACCGACAAAGUCUUUCGCUCAAAUUUCUGUCUCUUCUGGAAUACCACUCUCUACUAUCCAAAUGUUAGCUAGUCAUCUGGUGUACUGGCGCAGAGCUCGGGCCAUUCCUCCUAUUCACCAACGGGACACAUACAUUGUUUCUCCCAAUUGCGAUUUAAGCAAACUGGAAGUGGCAACAGUCGCCUACCAGACGGCUUUUCCUACGCUUCCUAGUCUUCCAAAAAUGUUAUCGGCGCUCAGUGGUACUCCUCGAUCAUAUGGAAGUUUUAUCCCCAGCAAAGAUCACAAAGAAACAUAUUUUACUAUUUUAGCAUGGCUCCUUCGAGGAGGCUGGGUAACACAACUGCGCACGUUUGCUCGCAUCAAAGUUACCCCCGAAAUUAAACUGGCAGUGGAAAUGGCUCUCCGCAAAGAAGAGGUGGAUCGCUACCUUGCUAAAAGCAGACCGAACAACAUGGCCGAAGACGAUACAGAAAUCGAGGAUGACGACGAUGAUGCAGGGUCGUCAUCCUCAUCUUCACUGGCUAGCCAAAGUAGUGGAGGCGAAACUACAAUGCCCAGUCGUCAUGACCCGCACGCACAGCUCCGUACUUCCCACAAGCUCCUUGACCGGUCCACCGCCCUGCGGCUUUCAUCUUUGAUUCUAUCCCCACAUCGAGCAUCCUCACUUGAGUCCCGAUGGUUAGAUGAGAUUCUUUCUCGAUUUCCUGACAAGGCGAGUGGCACUCAGCUCUCUGACGGCGCGAGUCCGGAUAUCGCACCAAAAGACCUCCAAACCUUGCUUAAGAUAUAUUGGCCGUUAUUUUUAAAGUAUUUCAAUGGAUGCGAUGCACUCGAGAAAAUCUCGGUCCGAGAGAAUCUGAAAAAAAAAUUAGUGUGGCAGAUUCUCACUCGCCUCGGCUUUGGAACUGGGCCGACGGGUUCAUUGGAGCCAGAUGCCAGGGAACAGGUCCUGGUCAGUGUUCGACAUUGGUAG